AUGAAAGGAGUGGGAGAUUUGGUCUUUCUGAAGGUAUCUCCUAUGAAAGGUGUUCUCCGUUUUGGUAAGAAAGGAAAACUAGCUCCGAGGUACAUUGGACCGUAUCCUGUAGUUGCAAAAAUUGGAGAAGUGGCUUAUCAGUUGGACAUGCCUAACGAGUUUUCUCAUGUACACCCAGUAUUUCAUGUGUCCAUGCUACGAAAGUACGUUCCUGAUCCAUCUCAUGUGUUAGAGCCGCAGGAGAUUCAGGUGGGUGAAGAUUUGACAUAUGAAGAAAUACCGAUCAGCAUUCUUGAUUUCCAGAUUCAUAAACUUCGACCUAAGGAGAUUCCUAUGGUUAAAGUUUUAUGGAGGAAUCAUUCGAUGGAGGAGUGCACAUGGGAAGUGGCAGCUGAAAUGCAAAGAAAUUAUCCCCAUCUUUUUCCUUCCAUGUAA